AGCGGUUUUACGGUUCACACCAACAACCCCUUCCCACCUCCUCAAAACCCUAUAUUUCUCUACAUAAUCCUUAAAUUUCACAGAAUUUAGAGACGUAUCCCUCUUCCUGGUGAAGAUGAUCGACGGGGGCGAUCGUGUUAAGGGUUCGUGGAGUCCGCAGGAGGAUGCUAACCUCAUCAAGUUGGUGGAGCAGCAUGGCCCCAGGAAUUGGUCCAUGAUAAGCGCUGGGAUUCCGGGGAGAUCGGGGAAGUCUUGUAGGCUGCGGUGGUGUAACCAACUCAGCCCCGCCGUGCAGCACCGUCCAUUUGCGCCCAAUGAGGAUAACAUCAUAAUUCAGGCGCAUGCGGUUCAUGGGAACAAAUGGGCCACCAUUGCGCGGUUACUGCCUGGACGUACGGAUAACGCCAUCAAGAACCAUUGGAAUUCCACCCUGCGCCGGAAACGUGUGGCGGAGUUCUCAGCCGUGUUGUCUGAAUCGGAGUCUGGGAUGAAGCGGGUGAGUGUGGAUGAUGACUCGGAGUCUGACUCGGGGGUGAAGAGGCAGUGCUUGGGUUUGGGGCAGGAGCGUGAUAGUUACACAGAUGAUUCCAAAUUUCUGGGGUUGGAGACUUCCCUAACGCUGUCUCCGCCAGGGGAGAGUACUGUCUCAGGGAUUGUAGAGGAAAAGGUGGAGAAGAUGGCAGAGGGGAAGAGGGAGGAGGAGGAGGAGAAAUGCCGGGCCGUGGAGAUAAUGGAGGAGACCUGUUUUUUGAGCGUCAUGCGGCGCAUCAUUAAGAAGGAGGUUAGAAGUUACAUUGAUCAUUUAAGAAGUCAGGAUCAGUAAUAUUCUUGCAUAAAGAUUUCUCAAACUUUUGUGGGUCUUCUUUUUUUCUUAAUCAAAUUUUAAUGAGUUU